CUUUGAAUUAAGUAUAUAAUUAUAGAAAAGUACUAAGACAUUUCUCAGUUUGUUUCCUGUUUGGUAGGGAUUUAGACCUCCUCUUCCUCCAUUCUCAAAUGCCAACAACAACAGCCGUCGAAGAAACAGGAGAGUGCACUCGAGUCUGAAUAGUGACGAACAGAAGAACAUUUUCUUUUUAACCUGAAGCUCAACUCCUCCGGUCCUUUGGGAUCAUGGCUAAAGAUGCUGGUCUGAUUGAAACAAAUGGAGAGCUGAAGGUUUUCAUCGAUCAGAAUCUGAGCCCUAGCAAAGGUGUCCUAUCUUUGGUUACUGUCCAGCCCACCGCUGCCCCGGUGGCCAAACAGCUACUACCCAAAACUCUUGGGCCAUCCAAUGUGAACAUUGCUGCACACAUGCAACAUGUGCCACACAUGGUGAUUGGAACACCCCAGAGGCCUACGGUAUCCAAUACCAUUUUGGUAAACAGUCCACAUACACCGAGUUCCCAGUUCCUCACUCAGAGUCAACCAUCUGAUGCUUCUCCUUGGUCAUCAGGAAAACGUGGUAAGAAAGGGGAAAAGAACGGGAAGGGCUUGAGGCAUUUCUCCAUGAAAGUGUGUGAGAAGGUGCAGAAGAAAGGAGUAACCACCUACAAUGAAGUGGCAGAUGAACUGGUCGCAGAAUUCAGCUCUUCAGACAACCACAUGUCACCCAAUGACUCGCAUGUGUAUGACCAGAAGAACAUUCGGCGGCGUGUGUACGAUGCACUCAAUGUGCUCAUGGCCAUGAACAUUAUCUCGAAAGAGAAAAAAGAAAUCAAAUGGAUUGGCCUUCCCACCAACUCAGCGCAAGAGUGCCAAAACCUCGAGGUGGAGAGACAAAGGCGGCUGGAGAGGAUUAAGCAGAAACAAUCACAGCUUCAGGAGCUCAUACUGCAGCAAAUAGCUUUUAAGAACUUGGUUCAGCGGAACAGACAGACAGAGCAGCAGGCAAACCGACCUCCACCUCCCAACUCCAUCAUCCACCUUCCCUUCAUUAUUGUCAACACCAGCAAGAAAACUGUCAUCGACUGCAGCAUCUCUAAUGACAAGUUCGAGUAUUUGUUCAAUUUUGACAGCAUGUUUGAGAUCCACGACGACAUCGAGGUGCUGAAACGUAUGGGCAUGGCCUGUGGUUUGGAAGUGGGAAAGUGUUCUCCAGAGGAUCUGAAGGUUGCACGUAGCCUGGUGCCGAAAGCUCUGGAGCCCUACGUUAUAGAGAUGGCAAAGGGUCCCAUCAGUAACGUCUACAUCACUGGAGGGUCCUCUGCCAAUGGAGCCCGUUACCCUGCAAGUGAUGGCUGCACUGAUGGCACCAUGGCCUCCAGCUCGAAUGACUCUCACUACAGCGGGUCUCGCGUCGAGACUCCAGUGUCUUAUAUGGGGGAUGAUGAUGACGAGGACGAGUAUGAUGAGAAUGAUGAUGAAGACUAACCUGUCUACGCCACGCCACUCCAACAAGCACAGUCCUUCAAACCACCUUCACCGUGGGAAUUUAGUCCCUUUCUUGUGUGUGCUUCUUCAACCUUUUCCCCUGUUUCCCAUGCCUGUAUUUCUGUCUGGCUUUCUCAGGGGUGUAGAUGAAUAUUGAAAGAACAGAGGUGUAUAUUGCACCUAUCUUUUUUCUGCUCCUGAAUCACGUGCACCUGCACCACAGCUCUGGGGGAGGUGUCGUCCAAGGGAACUGUAGUCUGUGGCCCGGCCACCACGCUGGAGUCUUUGUAUGUCUAAUCCACUUCUCAAUAAGCCAUCCCACUAAAAAGAAACCUCUGUAAAACCUACUGCUGUUGGAGAAUGUAUAAUGUACUUGUUUGAAUAGUUAUUCCUAUUAUUUUGCAAUUACAUAUGGCAAACAUGAUGAUGAUCAAAAUGUUCCAAGAUGGCCAAAGUGUUUGCCUUUAACAUGCUGUGUUAGUGCAACACCAUGGAUUCUGAAUGGCCUAAUACAGUUGCCAUGGCAUCCCAGGAUGGGGCUCCAUCA